AUGUCGAGCAAACGUAUUGCAAAGGAACUGACCGAGGUCACCACCACCCCUCCCACGGGCAUGACUAUCGCCCUCGCCCGCGACUCAGACCUCCACGCCUGGCACGUCUCCCUCACCGGCCCCGAAAACACCCCCUACGCAGGCGGCACCUUUGCCGUCCUCGUCGACCUGCCAAAGGACUACCCCUUCAAGGCCCCCGUCGUCAAAUUCGCCACCCGCAUCUACCACCCAAACAUUACAAACGACGCCAGCGGCAACAUCUGCCUCGGCAUGCUCAAGUCCGAAAACUGGAAGCCCGCCACCAAGCUCGCUGCCGUCCUCGAGGCCGUCCGCUCCCUCCUCAUCGAGCCCCUACCCGACGACCCCCUCGAGGCCCGCAUCGCCGACGAGUUCAAGAAUAACCGCGUUGAGUUUGACAAGAACGCCAAGCAAUACGUCACGCGCUACGCAAAGGGCCCCGCUAGCUUUACUGCCUCUGAUACGCAUGCCAAAUGA